AUGGACGACUCACUCAUGGAUGAUUCCAUGUUUGAUUCCGAGGGAAGCUCCGAUUUCGUUCCCGAGCCAGCUCCGAAACCCAAGGCGAAAGCCGCCCCCAAGAAAGCUGCGCCCAAAAAGUUAACCCAGACCAAGCUCGGCGCAAAGCCAGCUGCAAAGGCGACCGCUUCCAAGAAGCGAGCCAAGCCAGAUAGCGAGGAUGACCUGUCCGAUGGCAUGGGAAUGUCGGACGACGAUGCCUCCCUCGCGCAAACACCCCCCAAGAAGGUUAAAAAGGCUCCCGCCGCGAAGAAAGGAGGCUCGAAACCGCUCGCCGACGUAGAGAAUGAAUCGUUCGGAGGGGAUGCCGGCGACGAACCCGCAAAGUCCACCAAUGCGUCAGAGAAGUACCAGAAGCUCACACAACUUGAACACAUCAUCAAACGUCCCGAUACAUAUAUCGGAUCCGUCGAACGGACCACUCAACACAUGUGGGUGUACAGUUCGACAACAGAGGGGAUGGAAUACCGGGAGGUCUCAUACGUCCCCGGUCUCUACAAGAUCUUCGACGAAAUCGUCGUCAACGCCGCCGAUAACAAGCAGAACGAUGCCAAGAUGGAUGAAAUCAGAGUCACCGUCGACCGGGAGUCUGGCGAGAUCAGUGUUUGGAACAACGGUCGCGGUAUUCCGAUCGAGAUCCACUCGAAGGAGGGAAUCUAUGUUCCGGAGUUGAUCUUCGGCCAUCUUCUCACCUCGUCCAACUACGAUGACACGCAGCAGAAAGUGACCGGUGGUCGUAACGGUUUCGGUGCCAAGCUCUGUAACGUCUUCUCCACCGAAUUCACAAUCGAGACACAGGAUUCCCGUCAGAAGAAGAAGUAUAAGCAGACGUGGACAAGCAACAUGUCGAAAAUGGGCAAGGCCAAGAUCACCGAUGCCAAGGGCGAUGAUUACACCAAAGUCACCUUCAAGCCGGACUACGCCAGGUUUGGCAUGGACGGCAUGGACGACGACUUUGAAGCCCUGGUCAAACGUCGCGUCUACGAUCUGGCAGGGACUGCCAAGGUCGCCGUGAAGUUGAAUGGCAGCCGUGUCCCUAUCCGCAACUUCAAGAAGUACAUGGAGAUGUAUACCAAAGCCAUCCGUCGGGAACGAGGCGAGGAGGAUGCCGGCGCUAAAGACGAGAUCAUCACCUGUAGCCCCGACCCCCACUGGGAGGUGGGCUUUACAGUGUCGGAUGGUUCGUUCCAUCAGGUCUCCUUUGUGAACUCCAUUGCAACGACCUCGGGAGGAACUCAUGUCAACUACAUUGCCGACCAGAUUUGCGUCAAGCUGGCCGAUCAGGUCAAGAAGAAGAACAAGAACGGCGCGACGCUGAAACCUGCCCAGAUUCGGAACCAUAUCUUCAUCUUCGUCAACGCUUUGAUUGUGAACCCAGCCUUCACCUCUCAGACCAAGGAACAGCUGACGACAAAGUCGAGCCAGUUUGGCAGCAAAUGCGUCCUGGAAGAAGACUUUUACAAGAAGAUCCUCAAGACCGAGGUCAUGAACAAUAUCCUGCACUUCGCCCAGGCCAAAGCGGAUCAGAUGUUGAAGAAGACGGAUGGUGGUCGUCGGACCCGUAUGAACAACCCAAAACUGGUCGAUGCCAACAAGGCCGGUACCAAAGAUGGCCAUCAUUGCACCCUGAUCUUGACCGAGGGUGACUCCGCCAAGGGUCUCGCCAUGGCAGGGCGUGCAGUGGUCGGACCCGAUCUGUUUGGUGUUUUCCCCUUGCGAGGAAAGCUACUCAACGUUCGAGACGCCUCGUUCGAGCAGAUCUCCAAGAAUCAGGAAAUCCAGAAUAUCAAGAACUUCAUGGGCUUACAGCACAAGAAAGAAUACAUUGACACCCGCGGUCUUCGUUAUGGUCACCUGAUGAUCAUGACCGAUCAGGAUCACGAUGGAAGUCACAUCAAGGGUCUGCUCAUCAAUUUUCUGCAGGCUCAAUUUCCCAGUCUGCUCAAAAUCCCAGAGUUCUUGAUUGAGUUUAUCACCCCCAUCAUCAAGGUUUGGAAGGGGGAUCCUAAAAACCCGACGAAGCAGCGCUCAUUCUUCACCAUGCCCGAGUACGAGGCGUGGAAGGAGCAGCACGGUCACGAACGCGGCUGGGAACACAAGUACUACAAGGGUCUGGGUACAAGCACAACGGAAGAUGCUCAAGUCUACUUCCGUGACCUCGAUCGUCACCUGAAGGAGUUCCACACUUUGCAAGACCACGAGACCGAGCUCAUUGAAUUGGCCUUUUCGAAGAAGAAGGCUGAUGAGCGAAAGGAGUGGUUGCGCCAAUUCAAGCCCGGAACUUUCCUAGAUCAUUCCGUGGCCAAGAUCACCUACACCGACUUCAUCAACAAGGAGCUCAUCCUGUUCAGUAUGGCCGAUAACCAGCGAUCCAUUCCCUCUGUCAUUGAUGGCUUGAAGCCCGGCCAGCGUAAAGUGCUUUACGUCUCUUUCCGUCGCAAUUUGAAGAAGGAUAUGAAGGUCGUCGAGCUCGCAGGUCAUGUCUCGGGUAUGACCGCAUACCAACAUGGUGACGCUUCUCUCCAGCAGACCAUCGUCGGUCUCGCGCAGACAUUUGUCGGAUCCAACAAUGUCAACUGCCUCGAGCCCAGUGGUAAUUUCGGAAGUCGUCUUCAAGGUGGUCAAGAUUGCGCGAGCGCUCGUUAUAUCUACACUCGGUUGUCGCCAUUUGCGCGGCGGAUGUUCCACCCUGCGGACGAGCCGCUCCUCACUUACAAUGUGGAUGAUGGUAAGCAGAUCGAGCCAGAGAACUACGUUCCCGUUGUCCCCUUGCUCCUGAUCAAUGGCGCGGAUGGUAUCGGUACUGGAUGGAGUUCCUCUAUUCCCAACUACAACCCCGAGGACAUUGUGGAUAAUCUGAAGCGACUAAUGGAUGGAGAGCCGAUCAAGCCCAUGCAGCCAUGGUUUCGCGGUUUCAAUGGUGAAGUCACCGCCAUCGGUGGCGAUCGCUUCAAAUUCAGUGGUAUUAUCAAGGAAGCAGGAGACAAGGAGGUGGAAAUCACCGAACUGCCCAUCCGAACCUGGACUCAGGAUUUCAAGGAUAAGCUUGAGGAGAUCAUCAAGGCUGAUAAGACGCCAUCCUUCAUCAAGGAUUACAAGGAUUACAACACCCACACCAAGGUCCGCUUUGUGAUCCAGAUGGACGAGAAGCACAUGCAGUCUGCCUUAUCAGAAGGGUUGGAAGAGAAGUUCAAGCUGUCCAAGACAAUUGCGACCACGAAUUUGGUCGCCUUUGAUCCCGAGGGUCGAAUCACCAAGUACGCCAGCGUGGACGAUAUCCUGAAGGAAUUCUUCACCGUCCGUCUCAAGUUCUACGAGCGUCGUAAGCAAUAUCAACUCAGCGAGCUUCAGAGGGAGUUGGACAAACUGAGCAACCAAGCUCGGUUUGUACAGAUGAUCAUUGACGGUGCUUUGGUCAUCUCCAAGAAGAAGAAGCCCGUGCUCAUCGCUGAGCUGAAGGAGAAGGGAUUCAAGGCUAUCCCUAAGGUCGCUGACGCCGUCAAGGCGGGCGAGGACGAGCCGGUUGUUGAGGAAGGGGAGGAGUCGGAGGAAGCCGAAGAUACCGAGGUUCAGUCGAAUGCUUACGACUACCUGCUGGGCAUGUCUUUGUGGUCUCUGACACAGGAGCGCGUGGAGAAGCUGCGCCGCCAAAUUGGCGAGAGAGAGGUUGAGAUCGACGCCUUGAUCAAACUCUCCAAGGAAGACAUCUGGAAGCAUGACCUUGAUGUGUUCAUCAAUGAAUGGCGAUUCCAGCUCGAAGAUGAGGCCCGCCGGGAGCGAAAGGUCGCCAAUAUGGACCGUCGUCGAUCGGCGAAGCUCAUGACCGCGGGCGGACGCGGGCCCGCAAAGAAGCGCAAGGCAGCACUCGGCGACGACCCGGAUGACGAGGACUUUGCGGCACCCAAGUCGAAGAAAACUACAGCUGCGAAGAAGUCGGAGCCCAAAGGCGGCCUGCUCAGUAUCUUGGGCAAGCCAUCGGCCAAGCCAGCUGCGGCCCCCUCCGGUGACGGGGACGGCUCAGAUGACGAUUUCGAGGUCGAAGUGCUGCCUAAAAAGAGUAGAGGGGCGGCCAAGGCAGCUCCCAAGGUCAAGGAUGAGGAUGACGAAAUGGACAUCGAGGUUCUCCCGAAGAAGAGUCGAGCGCCAGCUAAACCGUCACCUCAACCUAAGGACGAGGACGAAGAGGGUUCUGAUGUCGAGAUCGUUCCCAAGAAGGGCAGGGCUGCGGCCAAGCCAAAGGCCAAGCCUAAGGACGAGGACGAGGAUGACCUGGAUGAUGAUGAUGAUGACUUCAUGGAGAUUGCCAAAGCCGAGGCGGCCAAGUCAGCCAAGUCCCAGCCCGCUCGGGCCAGCCGCAAACCUGCCACGAAGUACACAGUCUCGGAUGACUCGGACAGCGAUAACGGCGACGAUCUGCUCGGCGACGUUAGCAUGAUGGUCAAGGGUAUCGGGGGCACCGCUGGUGAUACCACCUCUGACUCACGCCAGCUCUUCUCUGAGCGGUCGCGGCCGGGCAGCGGCUCCUCUGCUCUGAAGGCGAGCAGCUCCCGGUUGUCCAAGUUGUCCACCGAUUUCGAUGCAGACGAAACGGACUACAGCAAGUUGAUUCCGCAGAAUUCACCCCGUCGAUCGCUACAGGUAAAGUCCAAGGAGGUCAAGACCUCCGAUGAUAACGACCUGGAAGACGAGGUUGAAGAUGAGGAUGACGAGCCCGUCAAACCCGCGGCCAAGGCUAAGCCAGCGGCCAAAGCCAAACCGGCAACCAAAGCCAAGUCGGCGACCACCGCUGCCGCCUCGAAGGCUGCCGCCGCGCCCAAACCCCGUGGCCGUCCAAAGAAGGAUGCGGCCAAGCCAGCUGCUGCCGCUUCUAGCCUGAAGCAGACCACCUUGUCCCCUGCGGCCAAGGCGUAUGCGUCCAAGCAGGCCAAAGCGACAGCCACCAAGAAGAAGCAGCUCGUUGACGAUCUGUCCGACGACGACAUCGAUGCGAUGGCCAACGACAUCCUCGACUCGCCCGUGGGCAAGAUGGACGUGUCGGAGGAAGACGAGCCACCCAAGCGGAAGGCUGCCGCACGGCCAGCUCGUCGGACUACAACCAAGAAGACGUACGUGAUUGAGGAUGACAGCGAGGAUGGCGAUUCGGGCGAUGACUUUGACGAGAGUGACUAG